ACCUGGAUGCAAUGGAUGAAUUCAAAAGACUACCCUACCAGGAAAUAUGAAAUAAACAGGUACAAAAAAUACAAUGUUGGCAAUGCAUGCCACAAAUCAGACCAUCAUCACUGAAUUUCUCCUGCUCGGAUUUCAGAAUUUAGAAAGUUUCAAGACAUUGUUUUUAUUUCUCUUCCUUAUUUCUCAUCUUUUGACAAUAUUUGGAAACCUUCUGAUUAUUUGGCUUGUGAUAUCCAACAGCAGUCUCCAGUCUCCCAUGUACCUCUUCCUGACUCAACUGUCCUUUUCUGAUUUACUUCUGACCACAGUCAUUGUCCCUAACACACUUUAUAUUAUAUAUAAUGAAGGUGGCACUAUGUCUUUUGCAGGUUGCCUAGCUCAAUUUUAUUUUUAUGCUUUUUCUGAAGUUUCUGAAUGUUUUGUUCUCUCUAUAAUGGCUUAUGACAGAUAUCUGGCCAUCUGUAAACCCUUGAGAUAUUGCAAUCUAAUGAACAAUGCGGUCUGCAUUAAGAUGAUUAUCAUUUCUUGGAUCUUAAUUUUUUCUAUAAUUCUGACUGACACUUUAUCAUUAACUCAGCUUACUUUUUGUGGGCCAAAUAUCAUCGACCAUUUUUUCUGUGAUCUUGUCCCACUAAUGGAGCUUUCUUGCUCAGAUAUCUAUUUUCUUGAGGUGGAAGUUUACAUUUGGUCUAUCCUUGCUAUUAUUUUCCCUCUACUAAUUAUUACAGGCUCUUAUGUGUACAUUAUUCAGGCUGUCCUUCGAAUCUCCACCAAAAGUGGACGGUGGAAAACAUUCUCUACGUGUAGCUCUCACCUGACUGUGGUUUGUAUAUUUUUUGGGACACUGAUUGGAAGUUAUAUGGUUCCUGCCAAAGGAAAAUCAUUGACUGUCAGCAAAUGUAUAUCUUUAUUGUACACUGUGGUGACUCCUAUGAUUAACCCAAUCAUAUACAGUCUAAGGAACAGAGACAUCAAAGAAGCCAUCAAGAAAUUCUGUAAAAUUAGUUAA